CAACGCCGCACUUCGUCUUCUCCGCUCCUCCUCCCCACCAAAACCCAACCCACUCCCCCAAACCCUAGCACCACCCGCCAUGGCCGCCAUUCCCACCCGCCUCCACCUCCUCCUCGCCGCUCUCCUCGUCGCGCCAACCCUCGCCGCCGCCCAGCCCCGCGGUUUCGGAGGGGUGGUGGCGCCGCCGCCGGCGUACGCGCGGUACGUGGUGGACGCGGCGGAGACGGCGGCGGAGGAGGCGUACGACUACAUCGUGGUCGGGGGAGGCACGGCGGGGUGCCCGCUCGCCGCGACGCUGGCCGGGCCGGGGGGCGGGCGCGUGCUGGUGCUGGAGCGGGGCGGCGCGCCCGCGGAGUUCCCGCCGCUCGCCACCGCGGGCGGGUUCGUCAGGACGCUCGCCAUGGCGGACCCGGCGCCCGAGUCGGACGCGCCCGCGCAGACCUUCGCCUCCGAGGACGGCGUGCCCAACGUCCGCGCCCGCGUCCUCGGCGGCGCCACCUCCAUCAACGCCGGCUUCUACUCGCGCGCCCACCCUGACUGGUUCCGCAGCCACGGCGAGGGUGGUGAGGCGAUGAAUUGGGACAUGAAGCUAGUGAAUUCGUCCUACGAGUGGGUGGAGCGUGAACUGGCGUUCCAGCCGGUGGUGCGUGGGUGGCAGGCGGCGGUGCGUGCGGGGUUGCUGGAAGCUAAUGUGACGCCAUGGAACGGGUUUACAAUGGACCAUGUCUCUGGCACCAAGGUUGGUGCCACCACGUUCGAUUCGUCAGGCCGCCGCCGGAGUGCCGCAGAUCUCCUCGCCUUUGCACGCCCUGGCCGUCUCCGUGUUGCCAUCCGUGCGACGGUUACUCGCAUCAUCAUGAGCCCAAUUGAACCUGUUGCACGCCGUGGAAGGUCUCCACAGCCAGCAGUAGCAGCAAGCGGUGUCGUUUACCAGGACCGUCUUCUCCAGCAGCACCACGCAUUGUUGCGCCCAGGGGGGGAGGUUAUACUUUCUGCAGGCUCCCUAGGGAGUCCCCAGUUGCUGCUCCUCAGUGGCAUUGGCCCUGCCAAUGAUCUUACAUCCCUAGGCAUCCCAGUUUUUGCUGAUGUCCCUGAUGUUGGCAAGCAUAUGUUUGACAACCCCCGUAACGGCAUCUCCAUCAUCCCAUCAAUCCCAAUCGAUCACUCCCUUAUCCAGGUAGUUGGCAUUCCUUCUGCUAAUGGGAAUGAGUCCUACCUUGAGGCUGCAUCAUACAUUGUUCCCCUUGCUCCCAUCUUACGCCGUGGUGGUCCGUUCAGCCCGUCUUCGCCACUUUAUGUUACUGUGGUAACCAUCAUGGAAAAGGUUCCUGGACCAUUGUCUGAAGGUUCACUUUGGCUCACAUCAUCCAAUCCCUUGGAGAGCCCUUCAGUGCGGUUCAACUACUUGAGCCGUCGUGAGGACUUGGCACGGUGUGUGACGGGCAUGCGGCGUGUGGCGAAAGUGCUUGAGAGCACGACAAUGGAUGUGUUUCGUUCAGCGAUGGGAUCAUUGAGCCAAGACAGCAGGAGGAGGGAGUUCAGGAUUGUUGGGGCUGCACUGCCAGUUGACUGGAGAACAAAUGACACAGCUCUGGGUGAUUUCUGCCAGCAGACUGUGGCAACAUUAUGGCAUUAUCAUGGAGGAUGUGUAGCUGGAAGUGUGGUUGACAGGGAUUUCCGUGUUUUUCGUGUGCGUGCUCUUCGUGUGGUGGAUGGAUCAACAUUCAGGGAAACACCUGGGACCAAUCCUCAAGCCACAAUCAUGAUGAUGGGCAGGUAUAUAGGGCAGAAGAUGAUUGAUGAGCGUCACAGCAGAAGGCAAGUCAGAACAUCAACAGAUUCCUCUUCCAACGCCUGAUAAAAACUGAUCCAACAGAAAACCAUUCGGCUCUGCCGUAUGAAGUCGAUCCAUAUUUCUUUUACUUUUUUUUGCUAACGCUAUAUUAUGUAUAGGCGCUAUAGAGAAAUAGCUUGGAGGGUAAUGUUUUAUGUGUGUGUACAGUGAUAGCACGAGAGAAGCAGGACUUGCCUAGACAAUACGUUUUUUUUUUGCCUUGUGAAUAGCAGCAUGAUACUGGUAUAUCUGCAGAGCAGUUGAUCUGAUGCGUAUCUGCGCCUUUACUUGUAAGGGCUAUACCAAUCACGUGCUUCAUGUUGGUGAAUAUUAUACGAUGAUACAUGGGGUUACAAUUCAUGCUGAAUAGUGGUGCCUUGUAGUAAGGUUGUA